AUGGACAGUACAACCUUUAACAUAAUCGCAUGGAACAUUAGAGGUGGCGUUGGAGCCCGUGGCCGCAGGAGGAUGAAUGACUUACUGCAAAGCUAUCACCCUUCUUUGGUAACUGUAUGCGAAACACACUGCAAGUUUGAACGCGUAGCUAGUAUCUGGAGACAGCAAGGAUAUGAGUUAAUCCGCGAGGUAGAGGCUCGAGGGCAUAGUGGCGGCAUAUGGAUUCUUGCCCCACUCAGCAGAGCCUUUGAUGUGGUUUUCAUGGAGGAGUGUGACCAAGCUAUAUCUGUUAACGUCAAUAUUAAUGGAAAGAGAUGGAUGUUGUCAGCUCUGUACGCAAGCCCAAACCCUAUCAAGCGGCUUGAACUCUGGUACUAUCUGUCGGGCUUGAGGGGUCGUUGCACGCUCCCUUGGUUGGCGCUGGGAGAUUUGAACGAGGUCUGUUCCCCUUCGGAGGUGAUCGGUGGUGAUUUCUCCACAUCGCGAGCCACAAAUAUGUUGAAUAUGAUGGAGGAAUGUAACUUUAUUGACUUGGGCUUCACGGGACCAAAGUUUACCUGGGAACGCCGUGUGAAUGGGAGACGGAUAGUUGCAAAAAGAUUGGAUAGGGCACUCGGGGAUGUAGCUUGGCGAAUGAUGUAUUCUGAGGCAUACGUUGAACACUUGGCUAGAGUGUAUUCUGAUCACUCUCCCUUGAUUCAGCAAACCGUGCCUGAGAGGCUUCGUAAGGUGCAAGAAGCGGCAAGUGACUUUAACAGAACGGUGUUUGGUAAUAUUCACAAGCGGAAAAGAAGGGUAGAAAGGCGACUUUUGGGAAUCCAGCGAGAAAUGGAUUGGAGAGGUUCAGAAGCUCUAGUUAGAUUGGAGAGGAACCUUCAGAAAGAGUAUGGGGAUAUUUUGUAUCAGGAGGAGAUGUUGUGGUACCAAAAAUCCAGGGAGAACUGGGUACGAAGAAACCAUAUUAUGGAGAACCAAACACCUACUAUAUCAUUGGCGGCUCGUGACUUGCUAAACGCACCAGUUUCCUUGGAGGAGGUACGGAGCGCUAUUAUGUCCAUGCAUUCCUUUAAAGCGCCUGGAGUGGAUGGCUUCCAAGCUUUUUUCUACAAAAAAUAUUGGCACAUCCUGGGAGAGGAUAUUCAUUAUAUGGUGGCCUCAGCGUUUCAGAAUGGCGGAGCUGAUCCUGAGUUACUUGAAACUCUCCUCGUUCUUAUCCCGAAGGUUGACAACCCGGUACGCCUCAAGGAGAUGAGACCAAUCAGCUUAUGUAAUGUCUCCUAUAAGAUAAUUACUAAGGUCUUGGUCAAUAGAAUUCGGCCUCUCCUUCAUGAUCUAGUGCACCCGCUGCAAGGUAGCUUCAUUCCUGGCCGAGGUACAAGAGAUAAUAUUAUUCUAGCUCAAGAGGUGAUGCACACCAUCCACACUCAGAAGAAGGGACGUGGUCUUGUAGCCAUAAAGAUUGAUUUGGAGAAAGCUUAUGAUAGAGUCAGUUGGGACUUUCUACGAGCCACACUCUAUGACUUUGGAUUUCCACCUCGACUUGUGGAUCUAAUCAUGUGGGGAGUGAAAUGUCCUAAACUAUCUAUCCUAUGGAAUGGCUCCAAGCUUCCCUCUUUCGCUCCUCAGAGAGGGCUUAGGCAAGGAGACCCACUUUCCCCAUAUUUGUUUGUCCUUUGUAUGGAGAGAUUAGCGAUUCAGAUUCAGAAGUUGGUAACACAGGGUACUUGGAAACCGGUGCGGAUAACCAAGGAUGGCGUGGGCAUCUCUCACCUAUUCUUUGCGGAUGAUGUAUUGUUGUUUUGCCAAGCCUCCAAGGAGCAACUACAACUGGUUAAUAACACCUUGAAGGAGUUUUGUGAAGCAUCAGGAAUGAAGGUAAAUCUUGAUAAGUCAAGAAUGCUUUUUUCGAAAGCUGUGGACCAUCAGAGGCAAAUAAAUCUCUCUCAUAUUGCUGGUAUCUCUAGAGCUAGUGAUCUGGGGAAGUAUCUUGGAAUCCCUCUACUCAAGGGUCGAGUAACAAAAGCGCACUUUGCUUUUCUAAUUGGUAAGAUGAGUUCAAGACUGACAUCUUGGAAGAAUAACCUUCUUAAUCGAGCAGGACGGGUAUGUCUAGCAAAAUCAGUCCUCACCUCUAUACCUGUACAUGCUAUGCAGUCCCUUUGGUUACCUGAUUCAGUUUGUGAUCAUUUGGACAAACUGGUCCGCAAGUGUGUGUGGGGGAGAGGGGAUAAUGCUAGAAGUUGGAAUUUAGUGUCUUGGACAGAAUUAACCAAGCCAAAGGGCAGAGGAGGGCUAGGAAUCAGAGGUGCGAGAGCGAACAAUGAGGCUUUAUUGGGGAAGCUAGUUCAUAGCAUGCUGAAUGAGCGUGACAAACUCUGGGUACAAUGUUUAAGCACGAAAUACUUGCACUCUGGCUCAAUUCUAGUAGAACCGCAAAGACUAGGCACAUCAUAUGUCUGGCGUGGCAUCCUGAAGGCUCGAGACGCAGUAGCUCAAGGGUUUGGUGUGAAAUUGGGAGCUGGAACUUCAUCCUUGUGGUACUCAAACUGGCUGGGCACAGGGACACUUGCAAGCAGGUUACCGUUCGUUCACAUUACGGAUACACCACUUACGGUAGCAGAUGUGUGGCGUGAGGGACAGUGGAAUCUUGAUGUUCUUUACACAAUGAUACCUGAUGCCAUCAAGGAGGAAAUUCAUGGGAUUCCUAUACCUACCACAAGAACAGGAGACGAAAAGAUACUUUGGCGCGAGGCACCAGAUGGUCGUUACACCACUAGCUCAGCAUAUAACUGGUUAAUUGAUGAUGAUAGUCAUGACUCUCGGUUCUGGAAAAUCCUUUGGCGGGCGCAUGCCCCAGAGCGGGUACGGUUCUUUCUAUGGCUCGCAGGAAAAGAAGCUCUACCUACAAACAGUAAGCGCUUUCGCUGCCACCUUGCGCCCUCGGCAACGUGUAUGAGAUGUGGAGCUAGCACUGAAGACGUUGAGCAUGUCCUUCGCAGAUGUCCUGGUGCGGCGUGGGUUUGGAGCAGGUUUACCGGAACAAUCACGGGGGUCCCAGCAGCCAUGCACUUUCGGGGGUGGCUCUUUGCACACUUACAAGUGAACCAGAAUGCCUUGUUUUGUGCCAUAGUGUGGAACCUUUGGAAGUGGAGGAAUAGUUUUGUCUUUGAUCAAGCACCAUGGACGCAUGGAGAGGUUUUGCAACGGAUACAACGUGAUGUGCAAGAGUUUCACCGAUGGGGAAAGACUACGACAAGAACAUCUGCUUCAGCCUCAGCUGUCCUUGGGAGUGAUUGUGUGCUACUCCACACUGAUGGCAGCUGGCGGGGGGAUAUCGACAACAUGGGUGGUGGCGGGGUUCUCCGAGACAGACAUGGUCGAUGGCUCUCGGGUUUCUCCAUGGCUUUGGGGACUGGAAACGCGUUCCAGGCGGAACUCGCAGCGCUCCACCGAGGGCUAGUUCACACCUGGGAACUUGGACACCGGACGAUUAUUUGCCAUGUGGAUUGCUUGGUAUUACAGCAAGUGAUACUCAACAAUAGUGAUGUGCAAGAUCACUGGCAUGGCCAGGAAAUCAGCAUGGUUAGAGCCUUGCUUGCUAGGGAUUGGGAUGUCACGCUUAGUUAUGUGCCCCGGGAUCGGAAUGUGGUUGCGGAUGCACUGGCAAAGCUUGCGGUUCAGGAAGGCUGGGAUUGGAAAGUUUGGAGCCUCCCCCCGACAUCGGUGGUGCCUUUACUUUGCCAUGAUAUAGUUUCUUAG